AAAACGUUCGCUGUGCACAAGAACAUUUAGUAUUAAUGCCUCGCUCAGAGUUGAAAAUUGGAUUGCAUUUACGUAGAUAAAAACGUUUGAAAACUCUAUCCUCGAGUAAUUGCGGUCGUAAUAUGGGUUUUGAUUCAUCGUACGGCAGUGGGCGAAAGCCUUUUUCUCCCGAUUUAAAUCGAGGGAAGUGGGAAAAACCUACGGACUAUAUAUUGGCCUGCUUUGGAUUAGGUCUAAAGAUGGAUGUCUUUGAUCUAACUUUUUGGGAGGUCAACGAUAUGGGCAUUCUUGGAAUAUUGCCGUAUUUGGUGUACAUGGUAAUUUAUUUGGUUCCAAUCAUAAUCAUUCACUCCUUCAUGGGCCAGUUCUCCAGCAGUGGAUUUAUCUCAGCCCUUCGUCUGUCUCCAUUUUUUAAAGGAAUGGGAUAUGUGAGCGUUUUUCUAUCUGUCUCAAUGCUCAUUUACUAUAGCAUUUAUGCUGCUAUCCCGCUACUAUUCAUAAUAAACUCUUUUCGACCUACUUUACCCUGGAGUUGUGAAGGCUCAAAAUCUUGGCACAACGAGACCGCUUGGCCAUCGAUCUGUAAUGACAACAUCACAAAAUACAAGCUGAUUCGUAUACCUUCCGUGCUCUACUUUCAAGAUCUCUUCCAACAAAAUGAAACUUCAAGUAUUGAAAAUUACUAUGAGCUAUCCUGGCAUUUGGUGGGCCUCUUCGCUCUAGUUUGGGGAAUGAUUGCAUUUAUUUUUCAUAAAUUUUCGGAGACGACGAUGUUUGGAAAAUUUAUACGCUACAUGGUAAUUGGAACCCUGGCUCUUCUUUUAGUGUGCUUUGUGCGCAUUCUUUUUUUGCCAGGAGCCCUUAAGGGGCUAAGGAAAUACAUGACUCCAAAACCAAAGGAUUGGGUUUUGGGGACUGGAUCAACAUUUCUCAUCGCUUUACAGGCGUUUGGUGCUGGCUGGGGCAGUGUAAUAGCCCUGUCCAGUUUUAAUGGGUUCAGGACCAACAUAUUUUCGUACAGUUGGAUUAUUUCCUUCGGACAAAUCUUUAUUUAUAUAAUGUUUUGCAUGGUAUCCUUUAUGCUGGAACACUACUUCUCAGAACUUCCUGAAUCUUCAGAUAAGACAGUAGUACACACCAUUUGGGUGUUGAUUGUGUCUAGUGCCAGUGCCUUGUCCACAAUGGGUUGGCCAAACAUGUGGACUUUUAUUUACUAUACUAUGUUAUUAAUGGCGGCUGUUAUUACGAUUACGACGCAAAUAUUUACUAUCCUUCAAAGUUUAUUUGAUGAGUUUGAGGAACUUAGAGUUAGAAAAAAGAAGGUAACAUUUGGCCUUAUUGGUGGCCUAGCUGUCUGUUCAAUUUUCUUUUGCACAAACCAUGGUAGUGAUUUCUUUGUUUUUAUCCCUAUUGAUGCCAUUUUAACAUACAGUGUGCUUCAUUUACUGCUUUUACUAGUGGUUUUGUGGAUUUACGGCCGAGAAAGUUUCCAGCGGGAUAUUGAGUUUAUGUUGGGUCAGCCGUUUGCCUCCUGGAAGAUUUAUAUACUUCGCUUUAUUGCUCCAAUAAUUUUAGUUAUUUGUCUGCUGAUAGGAAUAAGUUGGUCCAUAUUGGAUCCCGAUUAUUUCACAGUAGAAUUCCUCGCGAUGUCCAUCAUUGUGGUGUGGUUACCCCUUUUGGCAAUACCUGGUUACGGAAUUUACAACCUUUCCCAGAGCACUGGCACCGUUUGGGAUCGCUUGAGACGCACCUGUCGACCUACCGAUUGGUAUCCCCUUGAGGUGGAAUUCCGCCAGAAGUACGAGAAAGCUGUAGGAACCACUGAGACCCACCAGCUUUUAGAGGUUACCGAGGAGGUGAACUAAGUAGUAAUACAAAUAUAAAAGUACAUAAUAUUUUCAAAAUACAAUAGUAACUUAUAUUUUGUAUAAUAUAUGGCCAGGAAAUUACAUAAUAAAUAAAAA